AUGAAGGGUUUCAGACAAAGAGUGCAUGAGCAGUUGUCGAGGGCAAAAGAAGCGAACAAGUCCUCGAAGAAGAAAGAGUCGUCUCAGAACCAGGCCGCCCUCGCCGCCCACCAGGCCCAACAGCAAUCCGCCUCGCCGAAUCACGGGACUCCAACCUCCUCGUCAACCUCCGUCAAUGAUAUAAGGGGGAAAUCACCAGAGAAUGCGGCGCAAGCGGGGUCCUACUCCGCUGGCCAGCAUUAUAUCCCGCAUGGCGCAGGCAUGCCAGGACAGCCGGUGAAUAAUGGUCCAGGAACUCCGACGAAGCAGGGGCAGCCGAUGGCGCCGAGCGUUAUCAUCAGCCCCAGCGCACCGCAUGUUCCUCCCCCCGGUGCCGCAGAGACAAUGCCAGGCGACCUGGCUCCUCCCAGAAAAUCCCACGUCUUCGAUCGUCUCCAGACUACACCCAAAGAUAUGUCGGAAGGAAUUCGGACCCCCAAGCGCCAGCAUUCAUCACGGUUCGAUAUAUCCGACCAGCGUCAGCGGGAGUUGGAGAAGCUCCCCGGGUUUCAGGAAGUGCCCCCGAAUCGCCGUCAAGAGUUGUUCAUGCAGAAAAUCGACCAGUGCAAUAUCAUUUUCGACUUCAACGACCCCACGGCUGAUAUGAAGUCCAAGGAGAUCAAGAGACUGGCGCUCCACGAGCUCCUGGACUACGUCGCAAACAACCGUUCGGUGAUCACUGAGCCCAUGUACCCGCGGGUGGUGGAGAUGUUCGCCAAGAACCUCUUUCGUCCUAUUCCUCCACCGGUCACACCUCAAGGCGAGGCCUUCGACCCCGAGGAAGAUGAGCCUGUCUUGGAAGUGGCGUGGCCUCACAUUCAGGUUGUCUAUGAGUUCUUUUUACGCUUCAUCGAAAGCCAGGAUUUCAACACCAACAUUGCCAAGGCAUAUAUCGACCAUCACUUUGUUCUUCAGUUACUGGAGCUGUUUGACUCGGAAGAUCCUCGAGAACGUGACUUCUUGAAGACUACCCUGCAUCGGAUCUAUGGAAAGUUCUUGAAUCUACGGUCGUACAUCCGACGAUCUAUCAACAACGUCUUUUUCCAAUUCACGUACGAGACCGAGCGGUUCAACGGCAUUGCCGAGCUGUUGGAAAUUCUUGGUUCGAUCAUCAACGGAUUUGCGCUACCUCUCAAGGAAGAGCACAAGCUUUUCCUGACCAGAGUUCUGCUUCCUAUGCAUAAAGUCCGGGGUCUCAGCAUGUACCACCCACAACUCGCCUAUUGCAUUGUCCAAUUCCUGGAAAAGGACUCAAGCUUGACAGAAGAGGUUGUUCUUGGCUUGCUACGUUACUGGCCUAAGACAAACAGCACCAAGGAGGUUAUGUAUCUCAACGAGGUCGAAGAUAUCUUCGAAGUCAUGGACCCGGCCGAGUUUGCCAAGGUCCAAAUACCCUUGUUCCAGCAAUUGGCCAAAUCGGUUGCAAGCCCUCAUUUUCAGGUUGCGGAACGCGCUCUGUACUUCUGGAACAACGAAUACUUUUGCAAUUUGGUCAGUGAUAAUGUUGAGACGAUCCUUCCCAUCAUGUUUGCGCCAUUAUACGAGAACUCCAAAGGUCACUGGAACAGGACAAUCCACAGCAUGGUGUACAACGCCAUGAAGAUGUUCAUGGAAAUCAACCCCCAGCUGUUUGAUGAAUGUUCCCAUGAAUAUGACGAGAGACAGAAUACUGCCGACCAACGCGAGAAAACACGACUCAGCCGGUGGGACAAGGUCGCAGAGUUGGCCAAACAGAGGAAGAAUGGAGUGCUCCCACCUCCGGCGCCGUCUGCCGAUGUGUCAGCGCAAGCCGACGAUGUGGAUGUUCUGAGCCAGGAGAACCAGAAGCGCCUCAAUUCUUUAAAAUUAGAUGAUGCUGGGGUGCCCAAGGAGCGGAAAGACAGUGUGCCCGUCACGAGACGGCGCCGCGGUUCCCUUGACGGUUCCUAUACUCGAAGACGACGCAGUGGUAGCGGCAGUGAGAUUGCGCGACCGCGCGUAGAUCGACGACGGUCGGCUGGUUCGAAUGCCGUAACGUUUCUGUCGCGAAGCAACUCUCUCAAGUGA